AUGCCUCAAAAAUCUUCUAAAUCAGCUGCUGCAAAAAAUAGAAAUAAUAAACAAAAUCAAAAUUCAGAUACAGGCCAAUUUACAUUUACUACUAAAAGUGAUGAUGAAUACUUGCCCUCUUGUGAAUAUUCUGAAGAUAGUUCAGAUGAUGAUUUUGUUGCUGAAAAAUUCCAACAAUUAAGUGAAUCAAAAAAAUUAAUAUGGACUAAAGAAGCAGAUGUUAAAGGGAAAAAACCCUAUACUGGAAAAUCUAGAGCAACCUAUUAUAAAAAAUAUGGACCUUCAGGAAAAUAUACCAAAGCUGCAAGCUUUUCACAAUCAAUAACUCAUUUUUUUCCUAUUGAAUCUAAAGGGAUUAAUGAAUUAGAUGAAGAAAAUACAAUGAGUGAAUUGAAUAGUUCAGAAGGAGAGAAUGACUCAGGACAUGAAAGUGAAUCUAAUGAAUCUAGUGAACAAGAAAGUGAUUUUGAAGUUGAAAAUGAUAAUUCACUUGAACCUAAAUUAACUGAGCUUGAAAAUAUACUAUCAAGAAAAAUCACUCCUAAAGAGUAUAAAAAAUUUGUAGAGCAAAGAUUAUUUCCAGAACUAGGUUUAACUGAAACUCGUAAAACAAUUUCAAUUACUACAUCAAGAAUUUGGUUAAAAAAACUUGUUGCUCUUUCUAAAGUAUCCAAAGGUACUGAUAAAUUGGAUAUUAAUAUUGAUGAUGGUAUAUUUUCAUUUGGUAAAACAAAUGUUGCUAAUGCAUAA